UUGCGUCGUGAAAAACGCACUGAAAUCUCGCGCCAUUCGCGUUAUUCGUGCACACUUAUUUUCCUCGUUUCGCGUCGAGCGACGUUUCUUCAACGUUAUAGCCGCCGGUCGGUCGGGAAACCAUCAGCGAACGUCGCGAAGACACUUGCGACGUAAACCGAAAUUUCUCGCCAUUCGCGGGCGAAUGUUUGCCUUUUCCUUCGACCAAUGCUUUUUGCCGGCGUUUGAUGUCUUAACGAGGCUCGAUCCGCGUGACUGUGAUGUCACCAGGUAGCAGAGAGAACCGAGGAAAUCCUGGAAACUGAACACGAAGCUCGAAUUUCUCCAGAUAGCUGUCGUGUUCACGUGGGGUCACGUGACUCUCGUUGGAGGAACAAACUCCCCGAUAACUAAACGAGCUCGGGGUUCUUAUGAGAAAAGACUACUCAGCGAAAUCAUUCAAAAUGAAAAAUGGCGAUAGCCCGGCGGGCGGCAGGACGAGCUUGGACGGCUACGUGAACCACGGCUUGAGCGGCUCCAUCACCAAUGUGGAUUCGUACGGCACCGACAUGUACCAGUCCUUCGGCGAUUCGCAUGAAACUCAUCGAGGGAUACAAGGCUCCUCGGAUUUUAUCUUGAUCGAAGAACCAGGAGAUGACGAGGUUAAGCAGAAGGACGGUGUCGUGAGGACAGCAGUGCGAUACACGAAGCGCCGUGUCAGGGCCACGUGCACGAGAAAAACCCUUUACAAGAGGUUGCCGAUCUUGAGCUGGCUACCAAGGUACAAUGGUCAAGAUGCACUCGGAGAUCUGGUCGCCGGAAUUACCGUGGGCCUCACCGUCAUCCCACAGUCGCUGGCGUAUUCGAACGUCGCCGGUUUACCGCCGCAGUACGGUCUGUACGGCAGCUUUUUGGGCUGCUUCAUCUACGUAAUUUUUGGCUCCUGUAAGGAUAUACCCAUGGGACCCACUGCCAUUAUUUCAUUGCUGACUUAUCAAACGGUGUCUCAUUUGGAGGACCCGGUGCCGCAUGCGAUUCUGCUGAGCUUCAUGGCCGGGCUCGUCGAGCUAAUAAUGGGUAUAUUCGGCCUCGGAUUUUUAAUAGAUUUCGUAUCUGGGCCGGUAAGCUCCGGCUUCACAUCGGCAGUAGCUCUGAUAAUCGUCACGUCGCAAGUUAAAGAUAUCCUCGGCAUCUCCGCCAGGGGUUCUCAAUUCAUCGAGAUGUGGCAGAGUAUCAUUGCAAACAUACACGACACGUCAGCCUGGGACGCUGCCCUCGGGGCAUCCUGCAUAGUACUGCUCCUAAUCUUGAGGUUGUUAGCCUCGUGCAACAUCGGGCCGGAAAACAAGGAACUUCGCACCACGAAACACCGUGUUGUAAACAAGAUCCUCUGGCUGAUCAGCACUUCGCGAAAUGCGCUGUUGGUGGUACUCUGUGGCUGUUUGGGCUACAGCUUUCAAAACGAAUCACCUGUUAAACUAAUUGGAUAUAUACCGGGAGGUAUGCCUAUCGUACAAAUCCCCCCGUUCGGAUACAUGAAGGAUGCCAACACGACGGUCACGUUCGUCGACAUGGUCAGUAAUUUGAGCACCGGCAUUCUCGUUAUACCACUCAUCUCUUUAAUGGAGGAUAUCGCCAUUUGCAAAGCCUUUGCUAAUGGAAAAUCGGUAGACGCGACGCAGGAGUUAAUAGCGAUCGGCAUGUCGAAUAUUGGAAAUGCCUUCGUACAAGCUUUCCCAGGCACAGGAUCUCUUAGCAGGAGCGCGGUAAAUAAUGCUUCCGGAGUUAGAACUCCGUUCGGCGGUAUCUACACCGGCGCGCUAGUAAUUUUAGCCCUGCUGUUCCUCACCCCGUACUUCAGUUUCAUUCCGCGCGCCAGUCUAGCUGCGAUCAUUAUAGCCGCGGUCAUCUUCAUGGUCGAAGUCAAGGUGGUGAAGCCGAUGUGGAGGACGAAAAAGUCAGAUCUGAUCCCAGGCCUGGGCACGUUCAUCGCCUGUCUGGUCUUGCAGCUGGAGAUCGGUAUCCUCUGCGGAGUGGGGCUGAAUAUUAUCUUCAUCCUGUACCACGCCGCCAGACCGAAAAUAUCCGUGGAGAAGCUCACGACCUAUCACGGAAUCGAGUACUUAAUGCUGACGCCAGAUCGCUGCUUGAUAUUCCCAUCCGUGGACUACGUUCGCAACUUGGUGACCAAGUACAGCCAACGCGCGGGGAACGUCGCUACGCCCGUGGUGAUCGACUGCUCGCACAUCUACGGCGCGGACUUCACGGCCGCUAUGGUCAUCGAGACCCUGACGAAGGACUUUGCCAGCCGAGGCCAGCCACUCUUCUUCUACAACCUGAAGCCCUCGGUGUACGCCGUCUUCGAGGGUGUCGAGCCCACGGACUUCGUCGUCUAUUACACGCAGGAGGCGCUGGACGACUUGCUGAAGAAGAGAGGCUACCCGAAGCUGAUCAAAUAACAGCGGCAGACCGCCGCAAUGGUCGGACGCGUGAUUGUGCAAAAUGCGCGGGCACUUUCGUGCCGUUCAUCAAGACUGUCAUCGAGAUACAACAGCUGGCUACCAAACGCGCGACAGAUACGAAAGCAGUAUUCGUAGAGAAAUAGCGAAACGCCAUGAGGAUGACGUGGGGUAACGACGCGACCAGUGAGCGGUCCGCGAUCGUGGGCGAGAUGGAUGUUGACGGGACGAUAAAUCGCGAGUGUUAUCGGUCCGCCGCCUUAUCAGCCUCUCUGUUACCUCGACGAUCAAAGGGAUUUCGACGAAUGGUUGGCGAACGCACGAUGAGCGAAAAGCGCGGUCUCGCGGUUAUUUUCGGGUAGCGCAUCACUCGGAGUCCGGGACUGUUAACGAGGCAGUUAACGUGCUAUCUUGAAAUCACAGCCGAGAGCGGCGGAUCUGCACAAAGCGACGUAUAUACACGUAUGUAUUAUAUAUCAUAUUUAUAUAUCAUCGUCGGCUCGGCGAUAUCUCGCGCGCGCGCGCGAACGUUUCCCCCCUCUCUCUGUCUCUCUUUCUCUCGUGCGAACUUACGUAUAUUUCGAUAUCCAAGGAAAUAUCGUAUCUUCGCGUUUAACCCGCUUACGGAGAGAUUCGUGCGACUCGAGGUGUUAAAUGCUCGGCGAGCAGACAUUGCGUCGCGUCGAUCAACAACACAGCCGAAGGAUAUAUAUCGCCGAUCUAUAUAAUAUCUGAUAACGACAGUAUUCAAUGUAAGUUUAGAAGCGAAGAUCCAUAGAUAACGUAGUCGAUUCGGUACAUGUACUUCAGCGGAGGAAUAUAAAAUUAAUACUUUCGAUUCGCGCGAGAUCGUAGAAGACAGCGCGAGUGCCGGGACGCGAAUACAUCUCGACGGAUGAUAACGGAUGCUGCUCACCUGAGAAGGAAGAAA